GUGCCACCGAGGGCGCGGGGCGCGGCGCGCGGGAGCAGUGCACGACGUUUCCGACGGAGGAGCGACGCGCCGCUGCUGCGCCGGUGCUGGGAUGUGUGCCGUCGUCCGCGGUCGAACCGUCUCACCGGCCGCGUAGGGUGCCCGAGCCGCCAUGAGGCUGCCGCUGGCGCUUCCGCUGGCCGCGCUGCUCGCCAGCUGCGGCGCGGCGGCGGCCGACGCGGCGCAGCUACCGCUCUGCGACCACCAGGCCGCCUGCUACUGCGAGACCAUCCCGGGCGGCUCGUUCAACCUCUUCUGUCGGCUACCGGUGCAGUUCACGUACCGCGUGACCUACGUCGCGCCGACGGCGGCGUCGGGCGCCUCGCUCAUCAUCUGGUGCGACCCGCUCACCAUGCGGCGCGAGCAUUACCAGCUGCUCUACAGCUACAACAUGACGCUGGGCCCGGUGGAGAAGGUGGUGUUCAACCUGUGCCCACUGCCGACCGGCCGGCUGGUCGCCUUCUUCGAGCGGCUGGGCGUGAGCGGCACGCAACGACUGCGCGUCAACUCGCACGACAUGCUCAACGACACGAUGCCCGCCGACUUCCUGCACGGCAGCAACGCCACCAGCGUGCAGCUCAACGGUCUGACGCGCAUCGACAUCCACGACGACUUCCUGGCCACGCUGGGGCACUUGCAGAACCUAACGCUAAGCGGCACGGCGCUGACGCUGCCGAGCGCGCUGUUCCAGCACACGCCGCGCCUCGGCCAGCUGGGGCUCGCCGGCAACCAGCUGCGGGAGCUGCCCGAGCAGCUGCUGGACGGGCUGACGCAGCUGCGCCUGCUCAGCCUGGGCAACAACCUGCUGCGCCAGCUCAGCCGGCGACACUUCCGCGACCUGGGUCAGCUGGAGAUGCUGGAUCUGUACCGCAACGAGCUGCGAGAACUGCCCGAGGACGCGCUGACGUCGCUGUCGCGCCUGCAAUCGCUGCGCCUGCAGUACAACCCGCUGCAGCGGUUGCCGGAGGGGCUGUUCGCCGGCGCGCCUAGUCUGCGGCUGCUGCACCUCAACGGCGGCAGCUCGUCCGGCGGCAACCUGACCACGCUGCCGGCCGGCCUGUUCCGCGGCCUCCGACGGCUCGAGAUGCUGAUGCUGGACAGGCUCAACGUGCGCCAACUGCCGGCCGGCCUGUUCGCCGACCUUAAGUCGUUGACCAAUCUCACGCUUGACAACAACAUGCUGGAGGCGCUGCCGGAGGGCGUCUUCGCCGGCCUGACCGCACUGCAAAACCUGGACCUGCGCGCUAACCAGUUGACGACGCUGCCGGCCGGACUGCUGCGCGAAGUGCCGCGGCUCGACACCCUGUACCUCAGCCGCAACCGGCUGGCGGCGCUGCCGGACGGGCUGUUCGCGGCGACGCCGCGCAUGGAGCGCCUCUUCCUCGGCAGCAACGACCUGAGCAACGUCAGCACGGCCACCUUCAGCGGCCUGGGCACCAGCCUGCGGUUGCUGCGGCUCGACCGCAACCGGCUGGCGUUCGACCGGCGUUCGCCGCGGCCGCCCGCCUUCCAGGAGCUGGCCGAGCUGCGCGACCUCACGCUGGCCCACAACCGGAUCGACCACAUCACGCAGGACCUGCUGGUCAACCUGGUGCACCUUCGCCGGCUGGACCUGCGCCGGAACCUGCUGCAUCGGCUGACGUUCGAUGACCUCAACUUCUUGUGCAACGAGGCCGAGAUCGACCUGCGCUCCAACAACAUCUCCACCAUCUCGUUUCCGCUGGCCACCAUGAAGGUGGACGGCAACGACCACCGCAAGCCAAACGCCAUCAACGUCAACGACAACCCGCUGCUGUGCGACUGCCAGCUGCUGUCGUUGCGCGCCUACCUGGACGGCACGGGCACGUUCGCGCGCCGCGCCGAGCUGGACGAGCUCUUCCAGCUGGUGACGGACGCGCGGCCGGCGGGCGCCGCGCUGCCCACGCGGCUGCCGCGCGUCCGUCGCUUCGGCGUCAGCCUGCACCUGGAGGGCACGGCGCUGCAGCGGCUGACCAACCUGUCCGCCACCACGGCGCCCGUCACGGAGCUCCACCUCAGCGGCAACAACCUGACGACCGUCGAGCCGAGCGCGCUGCCGCCGGCGCUGCGCCUGCUGCGGCUCGACCACAACCACCUGAGCACCGUCUCGCCGCAGCUGGUGGCCUACCUGGAGCGGAGCGGCGUGCGGGUGGCGCUCGGCGCCAACCCGUUCGUGUGCGACUGCGCGAUGCUGCCGCUGCACCGGCUGAUGCAGCGCCUGGUCAGCAACGGGUCGCGCCAGGUGCUCGACGCCAGCGACGUGUUCUGCGUGGGCCACAACAGCUCGCUGCUGGCGCUGAAGCCCGAGGAGGUGUGUCCGUGGCGACAAGCCACACUGAUAGCCGUGUGCGUCGCGGCGACGGCGCUCGCCAUGUGCCUGCUGGUGAUCGCCGUGCUCUACUACCACUACAGCGACACCAUCAAGGUGUGGCUGUACGCGCACAACCUGUGCAUGCGCUUCGUCACCGAGGAGGAGCUGGACACGGACAAGAAGUACGACGCGUUCGUCAGCUACUCGCACCUGGACGAGGAGUUCGUGGUGGAGCACCUGGUGCCGCAGCUGGAGCAGGGCGAGCCCAAGUACUCGCUGUGCCUGCACUUCCGCGACUGGCUGGCCGGCGAGUGGAUCACUGACCAGAUUCAGCAGUCUGUGCAGAGCUCGCGGCGCGUGAUCGUCGUCAUGUCGCAGAACUUCCUUCGCAGCGAGUGGGGCCGGCUGGAGUUCCUCACGGCGCACAAGCAGGCGCUCAACGAGAAGCGUAACCGCCUGAUCGUGCUGGUGUACGGCGAGCUGCCCGACCCGGCCGCCAUGGACCCCGAGCUGCGGCUCUACAUCAGUAGCAACACGUACCUCAAGUGGGGCGACGCGCUGUUCUGGGAGCGCCUCCGGUACGCGCUGCCGCACAAGGGGCGCCGGCUGAGGCGGCGCCGAGGCCGGCGCCGCCUCACUUCCGACAAGCUCGGCCUCAUCAUCCGCGAGAACGGCCUCAGCUCGGCCGGCUCGACGCCCACCACCGAGAUGCCGGCCACGCCCGGCGGCGGCGGUCACGCCAACGGCUGCUUCGUCGGCGACAAACUGGCGCCCAUCGUCGAGAGCAUUCAGCGCGAGCAGUUCGGCGAUCACGUGGUUUAAUCGGUGAUCACGUGGUUUAAUCGCCACGUCGCGACGGAGAACGGAGGACGCUUGUGCGAUGCUACCGCGCGCCAGAAGUUCCAGUAUCUCUCGCAGUAUCCUUCGCACGCCGCAUUCGCUCCCGCCAUCCCGCAGGCUUGACAUGUUCGGGUGCGGAGCACCGCCAUGCCGGCGCCGGCCGACCCAGCUCGACACGGCAGCCGCGCUGGAGCGCACUCUCCGAAGCGCCGCACAUGCCGUGCGCGCCGAUCGGAGCGAGUCACGCGAGUGGGAGCGGCGCCGGCCGCGGUCGGCGACGCCGGAUGUGUGGACGUGCGCGGUCGGCGGUGUGAGGACGUGUGGACGUGCGCGACCGGCGUACGUGACGCGCCAGCGGCGCCCGGCGGACGCCCGCUCUGCGGAUCGUCCGGCGGUGUGUGGUCGGGUUGGCCGACGCGUGCGAGCGGCGGCCGGCCGACACCGGACUAGCGACCGGCCGACGGAUGUCGCUGCCCGCGGCGCGUGGCGUCGGCGCGUCCGAUGAUGGCGACGAUCAUGCUAGGCUGUGACACGAGUACGACAAAGUAGAUGAUCAGACAGGCCGGUAGGGAGGCGCCCGGCGCGGUGGAGCGCCGCCGCCGACAGGCAGGCCGGUCGGCGCUGCUCAGAGGCCGCAGUGCCGCCCCGGCCGCACUUGUGGGGAGCGCGGUUCAUGUUUGUCGCCCCACUGCCUCCCGUUAUCGCUGCACCGUUCCGCUCGUGCUGUGGUCCGCGUCGUCAUCUGGUUUUGCAGAGCCGCGUAGUGUCCGCGCUUCCUUCGGGUGGGUACAAUAGGCGGGCGGCGCCGCGCGCGCCGCCUGGUGUACAAAGCGUUCAGUCUAGGGACGCCGGGCGCUCAUCGUCUGCAGGCGCUGUCCCCCAUCAGGGUUGUUGCAUUCCCGACAGCGUCUCAGCAUCUCAGUGUUUCAGCAGCGAUCGAUAUGAUUAUGUUGCAAUACAUGUUGUCAAGAGCU